GUGAUUAAAAAACCCUCUUCUUCUCCCUCCGAUCCUUCCUCUUCUCAAAACCCUAAAUCCAUGGCCUCCGUCGACAAUUCCAACCCCACCUCCUCCGCCGCCUCACGCCGUCGAUCCAUGCACCAGUUCCUCGGAGGUGGCCUGAUCGCCGACGUCCUUCUCUGGAGACGCAGGAACACCGCCAUCGCUGUCUUGGCCGGCUUCACCUCGACUUGGAUCCUCUUCGAGCUCGCUGGAUAUAGCCUCUUCUCCCUUGUCGCCAAUGCCCUUUGCCUCCUCGUCGCCAUCCUCUUCUUCUGGGCCCGCGCUGCAUCUCUCCUCAAUAGGCCGUUGCCUCCGCUCCCCAAUCUGGAGAUCUCGGAGGAGGUUGCUGGGAAGGUCGCCGUGGAGGUUCGGGUGUGGAUCAAUUGGGCUUUGGCCAUUGCUAGAGAUAUUGCGAUUGGGAGAGAUAAGAAGGUUUUUCUUCAGGUCAUUUUGGUGCUGUGGAUGGUGUCAACCAUUGGGGGAUUGGUCAAUUUCUUUACCUUUGUUUACAUUGGAGUUCUUCUGGCGCUCACUGUACCGGUGUUGUAUGACAAGUACCAGGAUCAUGUGGAUGAGAAGCUUGGUGUGGCACACAAGGUGCUAUUGAAGCAGUAUGAUGCCAUACUGAUCAAGACUGGAAGAAAAUCUAGCAAGGAAAAGAAGACUCAAUAGUUUGCAUUGGAUUCUGUCUGAGCUUAGAUUCAUAAUCACACUACCAGAGAACCCUUGAGUUGUGGCCGGGUUUUCUUAGUACCACUGGAUGUUCCCCAGUUGUGGUGUUGCAUAAUUUUUUGUUGAGCUUAUCGUCAAUUUUACCUCUGUGAAGCAAUCAACUAAUAGACUUGAUUCAAAAUCGGGAUUUUAUGAUCUAGCUAAAUGGUUAUUUCCUUUGAUA